AUGUGUGGAAGAAGCUUCCGGAGCCUGGGGUGUCUCAGAAUUCACCAGAAGGAACGCCAUCGAGAGAAGAUGUAUUCCUGUGCUGAAUGCGAGAAAAGCUUCAGGUGGAGAAAAUGCCUUACUAACCACGAGCAGAUCCACACGAGAGAGGAGCCCUAUAAGUGUGAAGUGUGUUUCAGGAACUGCAGACACAAGGCAAAUCUCAUUGCCCACAUGAGGGUCCACACUGGAGAGAGACCCUUUCGAUGUCCAGAAUGCCAGAAGAAUUUCAAGAGCCAAGGAAAUCUGAAAGCCCAUCAGCUAGUGCACACGGGAGAGAAGCCCUUUGAAUGUCUCGAGUGUGGGAAGGCCUUCAGAAAUCGAGAAACUUUCAUCACGCACAUGAGGUUGCACACUGGAGAGGAGCCCUAUAAGUGUGGGGUGUGUGCCAGGGGCUUCAGACGGAAGGGAUACCUCUCUGCCCACUCGAGGGUCCACUCUGGAGAUAGACCCUUCCAAUGUCCGGAGUGCCAGAGGAGCUUCAAGACGAAAGGAAAUCUCAACACGCAUAAGCAAGUGCACACGGGAGAGAAGCCCUUUGAAUGUCUCGAGUGUGGGAAGGCUUUCCGCCAGAAGGGCAAUCUGAUGAAACACGAGAGGAUUCACAGAGGCAUCAAACUCUUUAUAUGUCUCCAGUGUGAGAGAAGCUUCAGAGAGAAAGACAGCCUUGUUGCCCACAUGAGAGUCCACACUGGCGAAAGACCCUAUCAGUGCUCGGAGUGCCCCAAGAACUUCAAGAGCAAAGGAAAUCUUCGGGUGCAUCUGCGAGUGCACACAGGAGAGAAGCCCUAUGAAUGUCUCGAAUGUGGGAAGGCCUUCAGCCAGAAGAGCAGUCUGACGCUGCAUGAGAGGAUUCACAAAGGCAUCAAACCCUAUGUGUGUCCCCAUUGUGAAAAAGCCUUCAGAGUCAAAUACCAAUUAGUGGUCCACAUAAGAAUUCACACAAGGGAGAAGCCCUAUGAAUGCCCUGACUGCAGAAAAGCCUUCAGUCAGAUGGGAAUUCUCAGGGUCCAUCAGAGGAUUCACACAGGAGAAAAACCCUACCAGUGUCCCAACUGUGAAAAAAGCUUCCGGAGCCUAGGAAAUCUCACUGGGCACCAGCGUCUGCAUACUGGAGAGAGACCAUACAGUUGCCAGCAGCGUGGGAAAGAUUUCAGCCAGUCAGGGACUCUGACUACCCACAAGAGAACCCACAAAACUAGGCACUGUUCUUGA